UUGACACUGACCACUGACAGUAGUGACAGUGAGAGGUCGGUCGGUCCGUGAGUGUUGUUUGAAGUAAUUACAGCAAGAUUGUAGACAGUAAAAGCCGGAGAAAACUACGAUUUAAAUAGUUAUCGUGAUUUCACAAGUUACCUAUUAAGAGAAAAGGACGCCGUCAGUUUAAGUUUUAUAUAAACGUAAAUCAGCAAUAAUGGACAAAGGCAAGGAAAAGGAGGAACAGAGUAUCAUGGAUAAAUCCAUGAGAUCUGUUUUUGUUGGUAAUAUACCAUAUGAAGCAACGGAGGAAAAGUUAAAAGAUAUCUUCAGCGAGGUUGGGCCAGUGCUGUCAUUCAAACUGGUGUUUGACAGAGAGACAGGCAAGCCUAAGGGCUAUGGGUUUUGUGAGUAUAAAGACCAGGAGACAGCCCUCAGUGCUAUGAGGAACCUUAACGGCUAUGAAAUCGGUGGCCGUUCCUUGAGGGUAGAUAAUGCGUGUACGGAGAAAUCCAGGAUGGAAAUGCAAGCCCUAAUGCAAGGUCCCCAGGUAGAGAAUCCCUAUGGGGAGGCAGUGGAACCAGAGAAAGCCCCAGAAGCCAUCAGUAAGGCUGUGGCAACCCUGCCCCCGGAACAAAUGUUUGAGCUCAUGAAGCAGAUGAAACUUUGUGUUCAGAAUAAUCCAACAGAAGCAAGAAAUAUGUUACUGCAGAACCCGCAGUUGGCAUAUGCAUUACUGCAAGCCCAGGUCAUCAUGAGGAUUGUAGAUCCGGCUACUGCUGUCAGCAUGCUUCAUCCGAGCAAUCCAGUGCCUCCCGUCAUUCACCCUGGCGACAAGGUGCCCCUGCCGAACCCUUACAUGCCCAAUAUGGCACCUCCAAAUCCACAACCUCAGCCGUUGCUGGCUAAUCCAGUACCGCCGCCGCCUAACCAAUACAACCCGCGUCCGCCACCGGCAGCGAUGGCGGACAUCGACCUGCGCGGCGCGCGCGCGGCGGCGCCGAUGCUCGACCAGGACAUGCGCAGCCUGCCGCCGCCCAUGCCGCACCCCGUGCCGCCGCCCAUGCAGGACAAGUACGUACACUCUGUUUGUUAUUCUAUUACUACAUUGCGGCAGCGCGCGGCAUAUGUAUGUGUACAGCGUAUGGCAGCGAUGGCGGACAUCGACCUGCGCGGCGCGCGCGCGGCGGCGCCGAUGCUCGACCAGGACAUGCGCAGCCUGCCGCCGCCCAUGCCGCACCCCGUGCCGCCGCCCAUGCAGGACAAUUGUGCUCCCCUUGUGGAAACACAAGAAAUCUCGUACCCCCGCGACCCGCGACUGGCCGGCAACUUCAGCUCGGACCCGCGCGUGAGGAACGCCGACCCCCGCACGCAGCCCAAGUUGCCGCAGCAAAUGCCGCCAGGAAUGCCGAGCGUCGCACAGGCUAGAACCAUACAGGGUAUUCCUUCCGGAGCUUCUGAUCAAGAAAAGGCGGCGCUCAUAAUGCAAGUGCUGCAGCUAUCGGACGAGCAGAUCGCACUGCUCCCGCCCGAGCAACGCGCGAGCAUUCUCAUGCUCAAAGAGCAAAUCGCCAAGAGCACCCAGCAACGCUAAUUAUUACUUCAUUAUCCUCCUUAGUCUCAAUGUCCUUUUAAAAGGACAAAAUCAAAUCGAAUUUUGAAUUGUAAGGGGUUAUCAUUUCUUAGCAUAUAUGAGUGCUUUAUUCGUAAUAAAAUAUCAAUGAGAACAACUGCGUAGUCAAUGUAUAAUUCUGCUUAGCUCAUUCGAGAGACCGCGAAGAACAUGCAGCGAUGUAUUAUAAAUAAAGACUUGAAAAUUAA